AUGUCUCAUCUACACCAAGCGACUGGCACCGCUCCCCACCAUGUGCCACUAAUCAUCGAUGGUCGCGAAGAGCCUGGGCAAAAGGCUUUCGACGUUAUCAGUCCUUACAUGAACAAAGUCUGCUGGACAGCUGCGUCCGCGACCCCGCCUGAUGCUGUUCGCGCUGUGGAAUCUGCUCAGAAAGCGUUUCCAGCGUGGUCAAACACAAAGCCAACUCUUAGGAGAGAUAUACUACUCAAAGCUGCUGAUAUACUAGAAUCACGACUUGAGGAGAAUGGUGAAUUCAUGCGGACAGAGAUGGGAGCUGAUGUUCCUUCUUCAACUGGGUUUAUCGUUCCACUGGCAAUUCGCAUGUUGCGUGAUAUUGCCUCUAGGAUUACUUCCAUCUGUGGUAGCGUUCCAAUAGUUGAAACAGAAGGGCAGAGCGCGAUCGUAUAUCGAGAACCCAUGGGAGUGAUCUUGGGUAUAGUUCCUUGGAAUGCGCCAUAUGUAUUCGGUGUCCGUGCUGCAGCGUCUGCUCUGGCAGGAGGAAACACAACCGUGAUCAAGUCAUCUGAAUAUACACCUCGCUGCUACCACGUCAUGGCACGUGCCUUUCUUGAUGCAGGGCUUCCUGCUGGGUGCUUCAACCUGAUCUCGACUCGGGCCGAAGAUGCAGCCGCUGUGGUCAAUAGCAUGAUAGAGCAUCCAGCAGUUCGGAAGGUCAAUUUCACUGGCAGCACGGCUGUUGGUCGAAAAGUUGCUGCCUUUUGUGGACAGCAUCUUAAGCCGUGUUUGAUGGAACUGGGGGGCAAGAACAGUGCAAUUGUCUGUGAGGAUGCCAACAUCGAGACUGCUGCCCCGGCUGUUCUGAUGGGUGCAUUUCUUAAUUCAGGACAAACCUGCAUGGCGACGGAUCGCAUCAUCUUACACUCAGCGAUUGCGGACAACUUCAAGAGCACAGUAAAAAGGCUGCUCAACGAAAAUUCCUUUGCACCACCCCCGACGCUGGUCAGCAUGGCCUCAAAGGCGCGGGUGACUGAAAUGAUCACCAGUGCUCUCUCAGCAGGGGCAGAAGUGGUCCAUGGAGUGUUCCACAAUACCACCUCCUCCCAGCCAGACUCAGACGUACCAAAGGCAAGUAUGGCCCCAGUAAUCCUGGGGAACGUCAGUCAGGACAUGCGUAUUUGGAAGGAAGAAACAUUUGCUAGCCUUGCAGCAUACGUGGUCGUCACAAGUGAUGACGAAGCUAUUGGACUGGCCAACGAAGGCGGCUACGGGCUAUCGGCUUCAAUUUUUACAGAAGACCUUCGCAAGGGACUGGCAAUGGCGAAGAAAAUUCAGUCAGGGGCGGUUCAUAUCAAUAGCAUGACCGUUCAAGAUGAAGCGGCGCUUCCGCAUGGAGGAGUAAAGGACAGCGGAUGGGGACGAUUCAACAGCGAUGAAGGACUGAAGGAGUUCUUAGUGACGAAGACUAUCACCUGGAUGGACUGAGGAUAGAAUAGUUAUCCGUGAAUGUUAUCAUAUUUUCUGUCCUUUGUUCGGAUUGAUGAAUUCCUUGGUUGUUUAGGAGGACUGACUUGUACCUAGGUACAAGUUCACGAGAAGUCAGUGCCCCAAAGUCGAAUCCGUAACUAGCUGGUGAUGAAGAAUGAAUACCGUCGCUAACUC